AUGUCGAAAAUCUCAACAAUGGACAACGCUCACCGGUUGGACUUGAAGCUCCUCGGACCGAGUAUGAUGACUUACUCGUGGUCGGUCUCGAUUGCCAAACUUGCGAUGCUAGCUCUGUAUCACCGAAUCAACACCGACCUCGUGUACCGCAUCGCGAUCUACGCGACGACACUAUCGAUCUUUGGGUAUCAGAUUGCCUUUACGUAUCUCUUCACCGGACCUUGCGAGCCAGCGAAUUCGGGCGCUGGGGAUUGCCUCAACAAGGGAGCCAUCGCCCAGGUUAUCCUCAACAUCGCCUUCGAUGUCAUCGUCAUCCUUAUCCCGAUACCUACGAUAAUGAGUCUGAAGAUGCCACGCAAGCAGCGAGGGCUUGUUAUCAUGAUCCUGGGGUUGGGUUCUGGAGCCGCCAUCGUCUCCGCUGUCAAGGUGUGGUGGGUCAUGAAGAUGAUUGACAGCCCGGACAUGACCUACACCCAGGGCCAGGCGACGAUCCUGACCAUCUGGGAGGCCAACGUCAGCAUCUGGUGCAACAACCUCGUCCGCCUCAAGCCCUUCAUCCGCCGCAACAUGCCCCGCCUGUACGCCCUCAUCGACUCCACGGGCAAGUACGGCAACAACUACGGCAACUCGCGCAGCGCCGCCGCCCCCGCGUCCGGGCUGAGGCCCUGGGAGAACGGGAGGAAGGACGCGACCAACUGCGAGCUGUCGGCUAUCCGCAAGGGGGGGAUACCCCUCGGCUCGAGUAUGGACCUGACCAAUGCCAAUCCGGAAUGGAUCACCGUCACCACCGACUACGCGGUCGACGUGGAGGACGGGAAGGCGAAUAGCACGAAUGGUGCAGAGGCGCAGAGUAAGAGCUUCAUCUCACGUUAG